GAGCCAGUGGGAGUGGGUGGGCCAAGCAGCCAAUCCGAAGCAGAGAAAAGCGUGACGUGACCAAGGGGCAGUCGAUGUGGUCAGCUGGGACGCCUCACCAGCCUCGGAGCCACAACUCCAGGGGCUGGCAGAGCAGCCACUUCACUUCCUGAUUGGCAGAACAUAAAAGCCGCGAGCAGCGAGCCGAGAUCAGACAGCGCAGCGCUCAAGUCACACGUCCUCCAGCAGAGCGGCCAUGAGGGGCUGGAUGGCAGGUUUCGCUUGGAUUUUUUUGCUUCUUUGGGGUCUUUAUGACGGUACCAACGAGUGCGAAGAGACCCCGCAUCUCUGCGGUCCUCAUGCCGAAUGUGCCAACACAGCCCGGGGCUUCUACUGCACCUGCAAGGGGGGCUACACAUCCAGCAACGGCAUGAGGACCUUCAGAGCCCACCAGGCCACCUGCCUAGCUGACUGGAGAGGCAAAGAUGUGGCGCCGGAUGGCACGAGGCGGUCUCCUCACUUCAUGUCACGAAGGGGACUCCAGAAGACAAGUAGGUCAUCUUCUGGAUGUCACAUCAACUCUUAAGAUCAGAGCUCAUUGUUCCCUCCUGAGGCGCACGUCACUUCACAGCCUCCUUGGAGGGUCUUCAGGUGACCAUGGGGUCCAGUAGCCGCCACCCCUCAUUUUCUUUUUGUU